AUAUCACCAGCCCAUGAUUAUAAUAUCUAUGAAAGAAAUUUCUGGCCUGAAUUUACUGCACAGAACCUAAUAAGCUGAAGUUGUACUCACUUUUUAUCUCCCUAAAAGAUUAUGUGGGCAGAUAUAAUGAAGGUUACAUAUUGCACGGAUAUGGAUAAAUCUGUGAUAGUACACAACUUUGAGAAGAGAGGGUGGAUGCAAGUUGGACCUGAAGAUGACUGGAACUUUUAUUGGGCCGUUAUUCAAUCUUGCAGAAGCAUUUUUAGCGUGGAAGCAGGGUACCGAAUGAACGACAACCAAAUUAUCAACCAUUUUCCGAAUCAUUAUGAAUUGACACGAAAAGAUCUUCUAGUGAAAAAUAUUAAGAGAUAUCGGAAGGAUUUAGAACGAGAAGGAAGCCCUAUUGCUGAAAGAAUGGACGGACCAGGAAAAUAUCUUUAUUUAGACUUUAUACCAAUUACUUUUGUAUUACCAGCAGAUUACAAUAUGUUUGUAGAGGAAUACCGCAAAUCUCCACAAAGCACUUGGAUAAUGAAGCCUUGUGGAAAAUCUCAAGGGACAGGUAUUUUUUUGAUAAAUAAGUUAAGCAAACUGCGAAAAUGGUCAAAAGAAGCAAGAAAUCCGUUGAAUCCAAAUCUUUCCAAGGAAUCUUAUGUUAUUUCAAGAUACGUAGAAAAUCCCUUACUGAUUGGAGGCAAAAAGUUCGAUCUUCGACUUUAUGUUCUGAUAACAUCUUUCCGACCUUUGAAAGCAUAUCUGUUUAAACUUGGAUUCUGUCGAUUUUGUACGGUCAAAUAUGAUACUAGUGUUCAGGAACUUGACAACAUGUACGUACAUCUUACAAAUGUAUCCGUUCAAAAACAUGGGGAUGAGUACAAUAGUUUGCAUGGUGGAAAAUUGAGCGUACAAAAUUUGAGACUUUACUUAGAAAGUACUCGAGGCAAAUGUGUCACGGAAAAGCUGUUCGCUAAUAUUACCUGGUGUAUUAUCCACUCCUUAAAGGCAGUGGCAACUGUAAUGGCUAAUGACAGGCAUUGCUUCGAAUGCUAUGGCUAUGAUAUCAUCAUCGACAAUAAAUUGAAGCCUUGGCUAAUUGAGGUAAACGCGUCGCCUUCUUUGACAUCAACUACAGUGAAUGAUCGUAUUUUAAAAUACAAGUUAAUCGACAGUAUAAUCUCCCUAGUUUUACCUCCCGAUGGAAUACCAGACGUCAGAUGGAAUAAAUGCCCUACUCAGGACGCAAUGGCGAAUUUCGACCUACUAUUGGAUGAAGAGUUAGCUGCUCAGGAUGAUCGAGACAAUUGUAAUGGAAAGCCCAAAGGCUUAACCAGCAAAUGGAAAUAAAUAUAGAUAUCAAGCACAUAUGAAGUUAUAACCUGUAAGUAAAUUGUACCGUUUUUAGUGUGUACAAAUGUUAUUUGGAUAUAAGGAUAUUGACAGAAAAAGUACCAAACUGAGACCCAUGAAAAUGUGCCUUUUUAACUUGUUAAAUAUUUAGACA